AAAAAACAAAACACUCAACACUGCGGCCUCGUCCUUCAGUGGGCCCGUCCGUAACAUUCUGGGUCGUUGUUCGACUAAACAUUUUUUUUUCAAACACAUUUUUUAGUUUCUUUUUUAGCUCCCCGUUUGUUUUAAAUUUUUUUUCGUUUUUACCGGGCAAAAGACGGCAGCAACGAUCGCGAACAACCACUUGAUACUUUCGGACCCGUAACGGUUCCACGGGGCCCCGGACCACCGAAAACCAGGGCGGACGAGACCCGCGAAAAUCCGAUCGGACAAUCCCGAAGAUAACAACAAUUCUUCCCCGUCAAAGUUUCCGUCACUCGAACGCUGUGGUGUCAGUCCCUUUCGGUCGAACGGCGAAGUGAGCAAAAAACAAUUUGCAGCAAGAACAUUGAUCAUGGAUACCGCAAAUCAUCAUCAAUAAAGUUCAUACCACAUUGCGAGGCGCCGGAGAAGACAAAGUUGUAAAACCCAAAGAAAACCAUUAAGAUGCUGUGCUAAAAACAAUCCCUUCUUCAAUAAGAAUGGGAUACUUCACCGUCAACACUCCAUUUGAAAUAAUUUAGAAAAACAUUUUUUGGCUAAUUUGUAUCUUUUUUUUAAACACAUCUUUUAACUCCAUUUUCCUUUCAAAUCUUUUUUCUAUUUUAAUUAUUUCAAUUUUACUGAAAAAUAAGUUGUCAACCAAAAGUAUGUCCCAUACUCAUUUUUUAACCAAAGAAAACUUCACCAGCUUCUGUAAAAAGUUAUCUGAACUUCAGUGGACAAUGGAAUCGUCUUGUGAAGAGAAAACUGAAUGUUCUUCACCGGCAUAUUCUUUUUUACCGACAGCCCGAAAUGUUCCCAAAAAUGAUUGUCAUCCCAAAGAAUCGUAUCAAAAUUUCCUCAUAGAUAUAAACGAGGAUAACUUUUUGAUUGAGAAAUAUUUAACACAAGAAUGCGACACUUACAAGUUGUUUGGUGGACCACCGAUAAAUCCAUUGUUCCCAGAUGAAGGGCGUGGGUCAAGCAUUGAAGAUUCGCCAAAAACGUUUUCGUACUUUUCAAAAAAUUGUUCUUAUCUGGACAAAAGUAUUUGGACACAAGAUUCCGGUAACGAUAGCUGGCCCGAUGCUUUCAUGCCUUUGGACAUUAAAGAAGAGACAUGGAAGGGAUUGAACACGGAAACUACAAAAGAACCCAUGUCUUGGGCGGUCAUACAACGUCCGGUGAAAGAGGAUAAAUUUAAGCCCAUCAACCAAUUGGUGGACGCUGGUGCUGCUGUAUUUCCCGAUGGAUCCCAGUUUGAAAUAGAUUUGUCCUACGAAGCUUUUGACGCUGUGGAAAUUGAAGGUAAAUUGUACAUUGGAAAAGACGAGUUCAGGCGCACAGACGAUGGGCUAUUGUACAAAGUCUGCAAUCAAGAUAAAGGUACUCAAACCGACGAGUGGGGUGACGAUGCAAUGAUGAUGACACGCACUGCUAGACGUCAUUAUCAUUUCCCGAUUUUUCAAAAUUGGCAUACUUCGCAAACCGGUGAAAAUCAAGAUCUUUUGAGCGACUUCUUGAACCCACAACGUAUUCGCGAAAUGAGAGGCGACAUUAACGAAAAGGAUCAAAUGGUCGAUAUGCUCCGCUCGAUUGUCAACAUGCAACAUAUAUGGGACAAGCCGGCUACGUGCAAUGGAAUAAACGAGUAUCAGGACCAUAACGCGUUUAUACCGACAAUGUUCAACGGAUUGGCUGCUACAUACACAAUAUUGCAGCCAGACAGUGGUUCAGAAAGUUCAGACGAUAAAGAUUUAAUAUGUAAUAAGAUUUUCCGCAACUCUCGUAUGUGAAUGAUCAGUUUGAAAACUUGCCAGGUUUAAUGACACCAUAUUAAUUUGUUCUGCUCGUGCACUACCUAUUAAUUUAUCAAAAUGUCUGCAUAUUACAUCAUUAAGAUUAGGUUUAUUUAUUUUUCUUUUGGGGCAAAAUUUAUAAUCACUUAAUUGUUAUUGAGACCAUUAACUACGAGUUUUGGUCAAUAGUUUGUGUUUAAAUUUGUAUUUAAAAACAAAACCAAAAAAUAUAUAUAAUAAAAAAAAGAACAAAAAGGUCAAAAACCAAAAAAAAAAAUUAUAUUCAUAUAAUA